CAUAUAAAAUGGAGCUCCCUGAUGAGAGACAAAAGUUUUCUACAAAGAGGUUAAUGGGAAAGGUUGCUGUAAUAACCGGCGGUGCAAGAGGAAUUGGAGCUGCCACAGCGAAAGUGUUUGCUCAAAAUGGUGCCCAUAUUGUGAUUGCGGACAUACUAGAUGAAUUGGGAACUAAGUUAGCUGAUUCAAUCGGAGGUCGAUACAUACAUUGCGAUGUAAGCAAUGAAACAGAUGUGGAAUCCGCUAUCCAACUCGCCCUUUCAUGGAAGGGCCAAUUAGAUAUAAUGUUUAAUAAUGCAGGCAUUUCUGGCCCCGAAGGCAGCAUCACCAAUCUUGACAUGAAACAACUGAACUCUCUACUGUCCAUUAAUCUGAAUGGAACUGUGCAUGGAAUCAAGCACGCAGCGAGGGCGAUGAUCAAAGGCGGAAGAGGCGGCUGCAUCCUUUGCACAUCGAGCUCUGCAGCCCUAAUGUCAGGCCUCGCAUCACAUGCUUACUCGUUGUCGAAAGAGGCUAUCAUUGGAUUGGUGAGAACCACAGCUUGUGAGUUGGGUGUGCAUGGAAUUCGUGUGAAUUGUAUUUCUCCUCAUGGUGUUCCUUCUGAAAUGCUUGUCACGGCCUAUAGAAAACUCCUCAAAAAAGUGGACAUGAAGGCUGAAGAAGUGAGUGAGAUGGUAGCCGAGAAAGGAAGUUUAUUGCGAGGGAGAUGCGGCAGCUUUGAAGAUGUGGCACAGGCUGCAUUGUUUCUUGCCAGUGAAGACGCCGGAUUCAUAACAGCACACAAUCUUGUUAUUGAUGGAGGCUACACUUCUGCUUCCACUACCAAGAGUUUUAUCUACCAAUAGUCACAAAAAAGAAAUGGAAUAAUUAAGAUGAAUAAUUAAAAUAAACUCUCUUUUGAAGAUGUAAAAAUGGUUUUAAAGCCUUUCUAUAUUGGAACUGUAACCUUCCAACGAAGCUUAACAUAAUAUUAUAGGCCAAAUUUGGACUUUAAGGCCUACCUAGAUCAA